CGAUGAACGCCUCAUUCCAUCACCACCGCCAGUCCAUACAGCGCCCAAUGUCCCGCGAAAUGGCAUUGCAAGCAUACAGACACCUCCUGCGCUCCACGCGCAUUGCCUUCCAAGGGGAUAUCAAUACACUCAGUGCGGCGCGAUUCGAGGCACGAAGACAGUUCGAUUCGAACCGUAGCGUCUCGUCCGGAAGUGAGGAUGCGGCGGGCAAGAUAGCGCAGGCGCAGGAGAUUGCGAAGUUCCUAAGGGAGAACGUGGUGCAGGGCGAGAAGGUCGAUACCGAGGCAGAGAAAUACAAGCUACGGAUACACGAGCACACGGAACGAGGCGACAACGAGGAUAUCAAGACGGCAGGGAAGGGGAACACAUUAGCAGGAGUCAAAUGCUGUCAAUCAUAAGUUUUAUCUGCCUGAGUUCUGAUGUGAUAUUCAUACAUGUUGGAAUACACUCGAGAGUGCUGACUAAGUCCGAUUGACUUGAUAUGGCCCAUUUCUAGGCGCCAUAGAACGCCUGGCUUGACCAAAGUACCCAAAAUGAACGCCAAAUGUGAAGUAAUGCCGCCCUCAAUUGCCUGCCAGACUGGCGUACUGGACGUCAUCUCCACCUGGCGGCGGCACAAUAGCAGCCAAG